AUGAUAAUUGAUGGAAAUUCAAGUGACAUAGAACAGUUAGGGGAGGAAGAUGACGAUGGUAGUGAUGAGGAAUGGACUCCUAAGGUAAUGGCUGCUACAGAGAGAUCAGAUAGUAGUGGUGAAGAAGAUGAACCUGUAGAUAAAACAGACACACCAGUAACACCAAAACAGAGCACAACAAAGCAGUCAGCAAAGGGCAAAGUAAAAAAGAAAGAGUACAGAUGGAGAAAAGUGCCAUUUAAAAGUCCAAGUGUUGAUUUUGAUAGACAUGUUGAGGACGUCUCUACAGAAAGGUCAGAGUGGACACCAUACAUGUAUUUCAAGCAGUUUGUUACUGAUGAAAUGAUUCAGGAUAUUGCACAACAAACUAACUUGUACAGUGUACAGAAACUGGGAACAUCAGUAAACAAAACACCCAAAGAAAUUGAACAGGUUCUUGGCAUGUAUAUGCACAUGGGGUUGGUACAGAUGCCCAAUGUAAGAGCCUAUUGGGAGAUGAAGACAAGGUACCCCACAGUGUGUGAUGUGAUGUCUCAAGAACGAUUCCUUAAAUUGCUGCCACUGAUUCAUUUUCAAGACAACCUCGGUGUGUCUGACGACCAGAAGAAAUACAAACUGUGGAAAAUCAGACCAUGGUUAGAAAAACUGCGCCAACAGUUUCUUCUCAUACCUCCUGAAGAAUUUCAUGCGGUGGAUGAAGUAAUGGUGCCUUUCAAAGGUAAGUCUAACCUGCGUGUUUACAUACCAUCAAAAUCUCACAAAUGGGGGUUCAAGAUGUGGGCACAUGCUGGACAAAGUGGGUUUCUGUAUGAUUUUGCUGUCUGCCAAGGUGCGGAAAAUCCAGAUAAGGAGAAAUCUGAUGUUGGUGUUUCCGGAGAUGUUAUCCUGAAAUUGACCUCAACCCUUCCAGCAGGACAAAAUCACAAGGUUUUUGCUGACAACUAUUUUACAUCAGUACCUGUGGUGGAUCAACUGAAAGAACGAGGACUCUACUAUUUGGGAACAGUUCAAAUGAACAGGGUAAAGAACUGCAGUAUGAUGGAAGAAAAUGAUUUGAAGAAAAAAGAAAGAGAGUCAUGGGAUUUCAGAGUGAAUCAGAAAAACCCUAUCAUUGUGAGAUGGUGUGACAACAAGACUGUGAACCUACUCUCCUCAUUUGUUGGAGUUGAACCAGUGACAAAUGUGAAACGCUGGGAUCGAAAAUCCAAAAUGUACAUAAUGGUGCCAAGACCCGCUAUUGUGGAGACAUACAACAAAUAUAUGGGUGGUGUUGACCUUCUUGAUAUGUUGUCUGCUCUUUACAAGUUCUCCUUUAGAUCCAGAAGAUGGUAUCUGUACAUUUGGUGGCACACUGUCACUGUGGCAGUCAUAAAUGCAUGGAAUCUUUACAAGAGAGACCGGAAAGAACUGGAACCUACGAAGAAACCAAUGCCAUUGCGAAGAUUUCAAGCUUCUGUUGGGACUUCUCUCACAAGCGCAGGAAAAGGCAAGAUCCGGUAUGGCAGACCACUGUCCUCUCCAGAACACGAGAAAAUACCCCCACGUGAAAAAUGA